GAGCCAAAACUCACGUGGACUGGUCGAAGAUCGAGCCAUUACCCGAAGGAACUAUUAGGACAUACAAACACUUGGAACAUCCGAAUAACGAUGAGGUGAUCGCGUCAAUGUUGAACAAAUUAGUGGUGGUGAAGCUGAACGGAGGUCUUGGCACAUCAAUGGGUUGUAAAGGCCCGAAGUCGGUGAUCCCCGUGAGAAAUGAGCUGACUUUCCUCGACUUGACGUUACAGCAGAUUCAGACCUUGAACAAAACAUUCAACGUUGAUGUGCCGUUGGUGCUGAUGAACUCAUUCAAUACCGAAGAAGACACCAAAAAAGUACUAAAGAAGUUCCGUGCACACCUUCUGCCAAUCGCAAUAUCCACGUAUCAAUCGCGAAACUCUAUGCCAAUCGCAAAAUCGCUUAACGAUAACGAUCAAGAGUGCUGGUACCCACCUGGUCACGGAAACUUCUAUGAAGCUUUCUACAAUUCUGGUCUUAUCGACAAGUUCAUUGCAGAUGGAAAGGAGUACUGCUUCCUGUCCAAUAUUGACAACAUGGGUGCGACAGUCGAUUUUCCCAUUCUGAAUUUCCUCCUGUCUCCACCGGCCGGUCACGAUCAUCCAGAGUUCCUCAUGGAGGGUAACAACAAAAACAGUGCCGACGGUAGAAAGGAAGUAAUGAUCCAAUUACGAAAUAGAAUAGUUCUCGAAAGUGUGCCCAAGUUUCCAAAGGAAUUUAUAAUCUUCAACACGAACAACUUAUGGGCAAAGCUGUCGGCGAUCAAGCGAGUAGUGGAGAACAAUGAACUCGAAAUGGAAGUGAUCGUCAAUCCAAAACAUCUCGAUCGUGGUGUGGAUAUCAUCCAAUUGGAAACAGCCGCUGGUGCAGCCGUGAAGAACUUCCGAGGAGCAUGC